CACGUUUAGGAAUGAAUCCUUAUUUGAAAAGCUAAACACGCGACGGCUCAAAGAUAUUACAGCCUUGUUCUUCUUCUUCUUCUUGGGUUUCCUAAUUCAUUCAGUAAUUCAUCGAUUGAUUGCUACUGAAUUGGGAUUGAGAUUGACAUUGUGAUUGCUGUUGAUUCCAAGAAACCAUGGAAACCCACGGAGCACAGUGGGUUAGGGGUCCGAUAAUCGGCAGAGGCUCAUUCGGCUCUGUUUACUUGGCUUAUUCCAAGAAACCAUACUCUUAUCUGCCUCCUGCAAUGGCCGUCAAGUCUGCUGAAGUUUCCGAUUCAGCUUCACUUCAGAAGGAAGUUGAAGUUCUCAAAAAUCUCCAGGGUUCCCCUUAUGUAAUCCGCUGUUUUGGGGAAGAGACUACAAUUGGCGCCAAUGGAGAGAUGGUUUACAAUGUCUUGUUAGAGUAUGCUUCUGGUGGUUCCCUAGACACUCUUAUCAAGAAAUCGAAAUCGAGUGGGGUUUGCGGUGGCUUGCCUGAAUUGGACGUGAGACGUUACGCCAGGCAUCUUCUUCUAGGGCUUGCUCAUAUACAUCAAUCAGGGUAUGUUCACUGCGAUUUGAAACCUGAUAAUAUUCUUCUAGUUCCUUGUAGAAAUUGUGGUUCUAUGACUAAGUUUGUGGCAAAGAUUGGGGAUUUUGGGUUGGCCAAGAGAGAGAGGCAAAGCAAGAAGGCCAAGUUUGAUCAUUGCUUGAGAGGCACGGCUCCCUAUUUGGCACCAGAAGUUGUGGUUAAUCGGGUGCAGGAGGCUCCUGCAGAUAUUUGGGCUCUGGGAUGCGUUGUGCUUGAGAUGCUAACAGGGGGGUCUCCUUGGGGGUCUGAUUCAAACCUCACUGCUGAAGAACUGUUCAACAAAAUUGCUGAUAGUGGUGCACUCCCAAAGACUCCUAUUGGGAUAUCAAAUGAAGCUAAGGAUUUCCUGAAAAGGUGUUUAGUGAGGAAUCCCAUGUUCCGAUUUACUGCAGAUAUGUUACUGGAUCACCCUUUUUUCGGUGGCUGCGAAGAUGGAUAUGAUGCUGUUGAAGAAGAUGUAGGUGAAGUUGGUCAGGCCAUUGGGGUUGGCUCAUCAUGUUGGCCUGAAGACGAGUUAAGUUCUUUGCUAGUUCCAGCGGAUUGGUGUUCUGUUUCAGAUGAGGAUUCAGAUUCAUUGCCCUGUUCCGGGUUUGAGGAUUUUAAAGUGUAUGCAAGUACUGCCGAACAACUGAUACUCACAGGCCAUAAAAGAAAAAGGUCUUCACACUUCAUUCCCAUCACCGAUGGUGACUUUUUUCUCACCACAAUAGCCCCCACCGUUGCUGCUGGAUUAUAGCACACAUAAUGUGAGUUCUGGUGAGUAUACUGUAGUUUAGAGGAUAUGAUAUUCUUUGUAUAGCAUUGAUGUCAGCCUCCCAAUGGUAAUUAAUUUUGUUGAUGUGAUUGAGAUAACAAUAUUGAUAUUGAAGCAAUUACACUACUGAGUAAUGGUUAAUUGGAUAUCCAUUACCUGCCAUUAAUUGUAACUAAUUGUUUUGACUUUUGGGAUGAAUAGUUGUCUUUGUUUUUCAUA